AUGAGGGUAUGCUGGUUCUCAUGUUGGCGAUCGAGCAAAGAAAAGUCGAUUGCACUGUCCACUGCUGAAGCCGAGUACAUGGCUCUAUCUGAGGGUACCAAGACUGUUAUGUGGCUAACUGAGGUCUAUGAAGACUUCGGUAUUGCCACCCUCCAUGAGAGCCAAUCUUACUAA